CCCUCAUUUCCGUCACUCUCUCUAGGGUUUUUCUCCCCUCUCAGAGAAUAUCUCUUUCGCUCUUUACAGCCAUGGCGAUACAUUCUCGCUCUCUUCCCAAAACCUUAACCCUAGCCUCCUUCCUCUCCCGCUCUUUCUACUCAUCGGCCCCCACCGCCUCUCGCCACUCUAUCUCCUCCCUCUCGCUACUACGUCCCCUCGCUGCGGUCUGCGUGUCCCUUCACCGAGUUUCUCAAGCGACUCCAUUGAGAGGGUUCGCGACGCGUGCGACGUCGUCCUCGCUCAACGAUCCAAACCCCAACUGGUCGAACCGGCCCCCCAAGGAGACAAUUUUGCUUGAUGGGUGCGAUUUCGAGCACUGGCUUGUCGUGAUGGAGAAGCCCGAGGGAGACCCUCCAAGGGACGAGAUAAUCGAUAGCUACAUCAAAACUCUGGCCAAGGUCGUCGGAAGUGAGCAAGAAGCAAGGAUGAAGAUCUACUCAGUUUCAACUAGAUGUUACUUUGCAUUUGGGGCUCUUGUGUCUGAAGAACUUUCAUACAAGAUCAAAGAAUUGCCCGGAGUCAGAUGGGUUCUUCCUGAUUCCUAUUUGGAUGUAAAGAACAAAGAUUAUGGAGGUGAACCUUUCAUUAAUGGUGAAGCAGUUCCUUAUGACCCCAAGUACCAUGAGGAGUGGAUAAGAAACAAUGCUCGAGCAAAUGAGAGAAAUAGGCGCAAUGACAGACCUCGCAACUUUGAUAGAUCAAGAAAUUUCGAGAGGAGGAGAGAAAAUAUGCAGAACCGAGAUUUUCCGAAUAGGACUCCUCUGCCUAAUCAGACUGCACAGAAUCCUGGGCCCAAUAUGGCUGGUACGCCUGAUUAUCAAAAUAGGCCUCCUAUGCCGAAUCAGACUAUGCAGAAUCCUGGCCCGAAUAUGGCUGGUAUGCCUGAUUAUCAAAAUAGGCCUCCUAUGCCGAAUCAGACUAUGCAGAAUCCUGGCCCGAAUAUGGCUGGUAUGCCUGAUUAUCAAAAUAGGCCUCCUAUGCCAAAUCAGAAUCCUGGCCCGAAUAUGGGUGGAAGCCCUCCCAGCAACUUCAGUGGUUUCCCACCCAAUAACAAUAUGGGUGGUAACAACUAUAGCGGGUUCCCACCAAACAACAAUGUGCAGCCCAACAACUAUAGGCCACCCAACUACAAUGUGCCACCAAACAUGGGAGGGGUGCCGCCGAACAACAUGGGAGGGGUGCCGCCGAAUAUGGGAGGCGUUCCACCGAACAACAUGGGAGGCAUUCCACCAAACAUGGGAGGCGUGCGACCAAACAACAUGGGUGGAGGGUCACCUAAUCCUGGAUGGGGUAAUAACAUGCCAAACAGAGAGCACCCAAAUAGCUACCCUCCAAAUAGGGACAUGGGGCCUGGUGGAUACCCUUACUCAGGUUGAAGUGUGCCCCUAAGAGAGAGAUGCUGCUCAUGCCCCAAAGGCAUGCUGUAGAUAAGUAAGGAGGUCCAAGUCUUUCUAGGGGUUAUGGUAUUAUGUUCAUCGUUUUAUUAAGAUACUUGGAUGUACUAGUGUUACUUUACUUGUGGCACACUGCUGCUGCUUAAAGACCUGGUUGUAUGUUCAACUAAAUAUUUCUACAAUUUCAAUGGUAGACCAGAUGUAUCACUUUUUGUUUUGAUAA